AUGGAUGAAGAAAUGCUUAUAGCCCUCGUGAAGGAGUACGGUGAGCUUUACGACUCAGAACACAAGCAGUAUGAGGACCAGCAUAAGAGGGAGGCAUCUUGGCAGGAGAUUGCUACUAGAAUGAAUCAACCGGCUCAAGAUUGCAGAGAUAGAUGGAAACGACUACGGGACAACUACAGGAAAGCCAGACUACUACGCCAAAGAAAAAAAGCACAAGGUUACAAAAAAUUAAAACCUAUAAAAUACGAGCAUUUAUUUUCAUUCAUAGACGGUGUAAUAGACAGUAGAGAAAAACCAGAUCUAACAGAACCAGGAGAUGAAGAUUCCGAAAGCUCUUCAUCGAACAAUAUACAAGAAACAUAUUUAGAAGUAGAAAAUACAGUACCAGAGUUUGAAAGAAAUAAUGGAGAAAGAACUACAGGAAAUGACAUAUUAGUCAAAUUCUUUUCAAAUUUAGGAGAAACUGUUAGUACUUUUCCGCCACAAGUGCAAAUAAGAGUGAAAAGAGAUAUUUUUAAGAUUAUAAACGACGCUGAAGAAGAAGUGCUUUCGAAGAGGUACAAAGUUAGAGAAGUGAGAAGAGAAAGCAACGCGGGCAUUGUAAAUGUGAAGUUUGAAGCCUCGGAUUCAAAUUUUAUUUAA